AUGGCCCUCCUUAACCCGACAUUUAUAUUCGGCAUCCUCGUCCUGCUCUACCUCUCUUCAUUUGUCAUCUUUGCCAUUGUCCGCAUCCUCACCGGUGUCUCGAUCCAGCGCAUCGGUUACUUCUCGCUCCGCCGGCUUGCCUACACCGCGCGCGAUGGAGUGCGCAUCGAGAUCAGGGGCCUGGGCCUCAACGUCCACCGCCCGACCUUCGCUCAGCCGACCUGGCUGAGCAUCGUGGUGGACGAGCUCGCCGUGACGGUCGACAUUCAAGAGCUGGAGAGAGCCAAGGCAAAGGAGGGGGCGCCCGAAGAGGUCGAUUCCGAUUCGGACGCGCCCGAGCGGGCUCCGCGACCAACCACCCCGAAGACGCCGAGGACGCCGAGGGCGGUCCCGCGCGAUGCCGACCCGGGAGAACGGAGCAAGACGUGGAAGCGGUUGACCAGGGUCAAGGAGCGCAUCAAGAAGCUGCACCGGAAGGUGAAUUGGCUCAGGAUGGUCGAUGUCGUGGCUACGAACUCGACGGUCCACAUCGCGAGCGUGGGGAGUCUGCAGAUGGGCAGCUUCACCAUCGCCGUGGACACCCGGCGGAAGAUGGUCGAUCGCGCCCGCUUUUUCUUGCAGGGAGGGGCACAGCCGCAGCGCCAGAACCAGCAGGCCGAAUGGAUCGUGACCCUGCGGAGCGUGCUGUUCACGGCCGAGGGGGGGGAGUCGACGGAGAUUCUGGACACUGCGACGUUGAACAUCCACGGGUAUCUGUACGAGGCUCUUGACGGUCUCCGCGACACUGCGGUCGCCCUCAAGCUGGGCCGGCUUCACAUCCCCUACGAUGACGUCCGCCGCAGCUUGGCUCAGUACAAGAAGGUCAGGUCGGCGGAGGACAAGGCGUUUGCCCGGCCCGAGCCCGUCGACGUGGUUGUCGAUCGUGUCAUUCAGGAAGAACUCGACGCUCCCGGAAGUACCAACCUCCGGCUAAUGCAGACGGUGUCCGAUUCGAAAGAGCUCGUGAGUUCGGUCCUGAAGGGCAUCAGAGAGGUUCAGUUUGCCGUCAGCUUCAUCGGGAUUUCCAAGAAGAUCGACACUGUCAAGCCGGCAGGCAACCCGAUCGUCCUCACUGCCUCUAUGAAGGAAGUCGGCAUUGACCUCCACCGGCUGGACCCCAAGUCGGCCGCCCACAGGAUGUAUUUCCCUUCCAAGGACAUCGCCCACGAGGCCCUGGCCGCUGCGCUAUCCAUCUCUGUUGGUCUUGACGACGGCCACGGCAAACCGGAGCGCAUCAUGUAUAUCCCCAUGGCUACCACAACCGCGAGGACCACCCUCCCCUCCAAGACUGUCGAGUUGGCAGAUGACGGCACAGCCGAGCAGCGCAAUGCCAAUAUCCUCUUUGCCAACUCCGUCGUCACCUCUCCUUCCGUCGAUCUCGACCCCCGGCACCUCCCCAUCCUAUUGGCCAUGUUGCAACGGAAGCCGAAACCGCAGAGGGCUCCUCAGCAGGAGCGCCACAUGCUCAUCUCACGACUGCUCCCCAAGGCCACCUACAAGUUCUCUAUGCAUGAACCGGUUUUGAGGAUUGCACUUCCGCCAGUUCAAAAGUCUGCGGACCCUGACGAGUUUGAUCUAAUCAUAUCAUCCAUAUCGUCCGUAUCCCUGGACAUAGAGUCGUUCCACUCGACCGUGGAAGAACUCCACUAUUCUCUGGCCGCCACAAUGCGCGUCCAGACGCACAACCUGUACUACCAAACCUCCGCCGGGAGCAGAUUCGACCUCCUGGAGACCGAAACGUUUGACCUGAAGGUCCAGCUCAACGCCUCGCCCAACGUCCACGUGGUCGCUACUGGAAGCCUCCAGACGUUCACCCUGAAGAUGGUCAGGGAGGAGAUCCGCGAUGGCCUCCGCCAUAUAGUGCGCCAGCUGCGGUUAAACGUCAAGCCGGACAAAGGCGGCCUUCCCAAAAGUUCAGAGCAUACCAACUUUGUGCGUGCUUUGCCGGCCUGGUUGCUCCAUUUUCAAUUGCAGUGUUCGGACUGCAGCAUCGAGGUUGCGGGCGUGGACAAGGACAUCUCGGACGACACCAGAGGCGUUGCCAUUCAGCUGGACUCGUGGUCUGCUGAAUACCGCGCUCAGAGACUGAACGGGCUGCACAGACGGCCCUCUCGGCGGAGAGCCAGCAGUCGCGGUAUGAUGUCGCCGGAGAGCGAGAUCCUGAGGGCUGUUCCGGCGUCUCCGAGGAGGAAAUACCAACACGAAGCGGACGGUCGCCGCCUAUCUCUGCACGCUCGGGGCUUUGAAGUCUUUAUGAUUGAGUCUGCUGAAAAGUGGGAGUUCGAGCCGUUCUUAAAUAUCCCCAAGUUUGAGGUCGCCCUGUCCACCUUGAGCGACCAUCAGGGGCCGGUUUUCCAUAUCCACUUCCACAUCAGGACCCUGCUUCUACAGUACUCGCUCUACCGCCAUUAUGCGGUGGGCGUCGCCGUCUCGGCCCUCCAAAAGGCAUUCACCAGGUCCUCCAAGCCCAGCGCCGAGCCAAGGACGCCGCCCAUGUCGCCCCAGAGGCGGGUCUUUGGCCACCUUUCGCCGCCUCCGGCCGGGGCGUCUUCUGAUUUCAACAUUGCCGAUGCCGAGUCCUGGCGAUCCGCGCCUGAACUGGUCGCCGUCGACUUCAGGGCGACACUCAUCCAGGUCAAGGCCGAGUUGCCUUCGGACCCUCAUGUGAUGCUCCACAUUUACAACUUGGAGGCUGGUCGUCACCGGUGGUCCCCUCCAUUUGUGCAAGCCAAGCUCAUCCGGCUGUAUGCCGAAGCGCCUCGGAUGCGCAGCGUCUGGGCCAGAAUCGUCAGCGUCAAAGAUAUCCGCGCCGACUACCGCGAGUCGCGGCAUAAGUUGACGGGUGGCGGCCUGCGCGAAGAACGCAUGUUCGACGUCGUCACGGAAAAUGUCCGCUUGGCUGUGCCUCACGAGAUGGUGAUCUACAAGAUAACCGACAACUUCGUCAACACCGUCAAGUCCGUCCAGCAGCUUCAUCACAGAUUCAAGACUGGCACAAACGAGUACAUCUUGGAGAAGGGACCCGAAGGUCCGAAGAUGGUGCCCAAGGUCUCGUUGCGAGCCAAGCAUCUCCUCUUCGAGCUUGAAGACGGCGCGUUCGAGUGGAAACUUGGCGUCAUUUACCGUGCGGGUCUUGUUGAGAUGAUGCAACGCCAGGCACGCGAAGAGGCCUUCCGUCUCAAGGUCAAGAAGAUCCACGAGCACGAGUCUAGAAAAGGGCUGUCCAGCUUGCGCGCUCGAUCGGCAGCUCCCCGAGGUGAACCCCCCACGCCCAGCACUCCCCCUACCCGAAGUCGUAGUGCCGAUGGCCGGCGUCGCUCAUUCAGCGAGGGGCGCAUGCGCGGUCGGUCACUGAGAUAUGAUCCGGAAGCGGCUUCCCACGUACUGAGUGGAACGUCCCGAGUGUCCAUCGCCGAAGCGAGGCAUAAGUUGAACAUACACAAUGCAAAGAGCUGGAAAAAGCGCAUCGACCAGCAAUAUGAGCUGGCCAGAAACAUGGCCAAAGACCUGCGCUCCCAGUUCUGGGGCGUCAAUGAGAUUCCCGACGACUUGGAGGAAAGCGAGAAGAUCCUGGAGGUGCCACAACGACCGGCGCUCAUGGCGACACUCAUCAAUGAUCUCCACAUCGUCAUGGAUAAGCCAUCUUUCCCCAUGAAGGAGCUUCCGGACUUCCUGCACAAGGUCGGCAAAGGCAUGCCCAAGGACAUGAAGUACGCCUUGCUCGUUCCCAUGCACCUUCAGGUGAGCAUGGGGGAGGCAAGAAUGUCGCUUCGCGACUACCCGCUGCCGUUGUUGCAUGUGCCAACGAUCAAGCCCGACCAGUCUGCUCGUCUCCCGGCCCUCUCAAUGGCAACAGACUUCGUCAUUGCAGAGGAAUAUCGGGGCCCAGAAUCGACUCGAAAGAUCAGGGUUCCAAUCGUGCCGCCUCGCAGUCUCGAUCCCGUGGUCUCGAACGAGGGCAGCUUUGCUGUGGAUGUGCGAAGAACAAUCGGGCCCGUCAAGACGUUUUCGGACAUGAGCAUCGACAUUCACACUGCCAACCCGACCAGGAUCACCUGGGGUCCGUCGUACCAGCCUGCCAUUCAAGACAUGAUGAUGGCCAUCGAGUCUAUGACGAAGCCGCAGCUCGACCCCUCCGACAAGGUUGGGUUCUGGGACAAAAUCCGACUCAGCUUCCACUCGCGGAUCAGGGUGGCGUGGCGCGGCGACGGCGACGUCCACCUGGCGCUGAAGGGGAGCAGAGACCCUUACCAGGUCACGGGUAACGGCGCGGGCUUCCUCAUGUGCUUCCGCAACGACGUGCGAUGGAACAUCCACAGCGUCGACGACCCGAAGCGGUUUAUGACGGUCGACAGCGGCGAGUACGUCCUGGCGGUCCCCGACUAUAGCCAUCAAGUCCGCGAGGCACGUCGCCAGCACGGUGAGGACGAGAGCAUCAGCAGCGGUUCCAGCCUACAGUCCGGUGCCACCUUCAAGAAGGUCGUCAUGAAGCUCUCCGGCAAAGUGCAAUGGCUAGCCGGGUUGGUGUUCGAGAGGGCAAUUGAGAACGGACAGAGGAGCUUCGAAUUCAAGCCACAUUACGAAGUUGUGCUCAAGUCCCCGCAGUAUGCCAAAUCAGAGAACGGUCUCCCCUAUGACGCCUUCCGCGGGUUCCGCAGCCAGCAUAUCCAUCUUUCCGUGGCCGUCCGCGCUCCGGUUGACCGGGAAUGGUCAGACACGAUCACCGAGCCCUCGCGCAGUUACAACGCCGUCCACCUCACCCCUCGCUUCUUCACCCACUUCUUCGCCUGGUGGUCUCUGUUCUCGGGACCGCUGUCCCUGCCUAUCCGCCAAGGAUCGUUGUGGCCAGGCAGGGAGAAGAACAGCAAGAAGUUCGGGCGGCAUCUUGCCACCAUCAAAUACAACAUCUUGCUGGCGCCCUUGUUUGUGAGCCACAUUUACAAGCACAAGGACCUAGAGUACGAUUCGGAAAACGCCGUUUCUGCGACAGGCAUCAAGGUCCGCCUCGACACUCUCAUGCUGGAUCUCCACCAGAGGCGGGAGGAGUUCAAUACCAGGGACCGCGGCCGCAAGACGCAAACCAGGACGACCGGCAUGAAGAUCCACGCCGGUCAGCUAGACCUCGUCUCGGCGGACGUUCGCGCGGUCUCGGCGAGCAUCCGAGGCACGACGGCGGACGCCAUGAUGAGGGACUCGCUCUCAGCCUUCAUCGCCGACCAAGAAGGAGACAGUCCUGACGUCUCUCACUUCACAAUACCCGACAACGACUUGACUUGGAUCGACAUGGACGACUUCGUUGAGCUAGAUUGGAUAUUGCCGACCGAACCGAAUCCCGACACCAAGAUCCUCCCACUCGCAUUUGCGCCUCGUGUCACCUACUUCCGCCAGACGGACAUCAACGGUACGAUCGCUGGUGAUCCGGACCGAACAAGUCCCUUCGGCCAGGAACCCACGCACUUCUGCAACAUGAGCCAUGAUGACGAUCCCAGGAGGGUGCAAUGCCAGCUUAUCCGUCGGCGGCUCGAGCAGCUGGAUGAGCAGAUGGAGACGCACAAGCGUAACCUGGGACAGAUCGAGCUUCGUCUUGUUCGGGGCGACCCAGUCGAUGCGGAUCUCGAUGCUGAAUUGGAGAUGCUCAACCGGCAUUCGGGCGUUCUCGCUGGCAAGAAGACGUUCUUGGAGGGCAUGCUGAUGGAGAUGUCACCCCAAUCUUCUUCAAGCACCGAGGAGAGCCAAGAGUCGUCCACGAGCUCCGAGGGGGGGCUCGACUCCAACACGACGAGCCUGCAAGGAGCUAUGUCGACGCCUGCUGCUGCCGAGUUUGCGAGCGACUUCAAGAACCGGUUCGUGGUUCACAACAUGCAGCUGAAGUGGAACAACACACUCCGAAACAUCAUUCUUCGCUACAUCCACCAGGUCGGCCAACGCCGCGGUUUCGUUUAUUACCUCUCCCGCCCUGCGGUCAAGUUUCUCCUGGACCUUGUGGAGGAACAGGCCAGGUCGAAAUCGGGCAAAAACGGAAAUGUCCCUACCCCAGGGGUUCCGCCGGACGCGAACGGAGCGCAUCGCGACGCCUCGCAGGAUACCGAGGACCGAAUCCGCAGAAUUCUGCAGGAUAGCAACAAGUUCGCCAGCUCCGACAACGCGGACGGCACCCAUCCGACCAUGUCCGACCUGGCUAGCGGCAUCGCGGAUGAGUUUACCACCCAAAACAGCUACCAUGUCCGCCUAAUCGCGCCUCAGAUCCAGCUUCAGAGCGACAAGAACAAGAAGCACGUCGUGCUCAGCACUUCUAAGGGGAUGGAGCUUAAGGUGGUUGACGUGCUCGACAAGAGCAGGCUCUUUGACGACGUCAGCGGCCUCGUGCAGCGGCGUUUCCUUGUCAACAUGGACAGCACGCAGUUCUUCGUGACCCAUCAAAAGUGGUUCUCGACGCAGCUGGUGUCCAUGUACUCGGGUAACACAUACGGUACGCGAUCCGGCUCAUCCUGGCCGCCCUGGGUCCCGAUGGAGGUCAUGUUCGACUUCCAGUCCGACCCCUUCGGCUUCAAGCGCGUCGUGCAGAAGACGUCGGCCAUGCUCCGGUACGACAAGUUCAACACGCUGCGUCUCAAAUACAACGACGAGGUCAACAACGUCGACGGCGCCAACAACACCCCUCAAGACAGCGCCGAGAGCAGGACGGACAACCUCUGGGUCGAGUUUCCGCAGGCUCACGCCCUCUGCAACUCGUCGCAGUAUUAUGCAAUCUACGUCAUUGUUCUAGACCUGCUCAUGUACAACGAGCCGCUGGAGAAGACGCGCAACGAAAAGCUCGAGAAGAUCAUGCUCGCCUCCGACUUCAGCGACCUGAGGGGAGUCCCCGAAAUGGUCAUCAAGCUCCAGGAGCGCGUCCGCCAGCUCGAGGAGAUUAAGCUGCAUUUCCAGGUUCAUUCGACCCACUUGGACCGGGAAGGGUGGAGAGACCGACUGGUGUUGGAGCGCGACCUGGCAGCGUGCGAAGACGAGCUCUUCUUUAUGAUGAAGGCUAUCACCUCGUCGCAACGGAAGUUUGACAACACGACGAGCAGUGCGGUGCUGAAGUGGAGCAUCAUGGCCAAGGAGAUUGUAUGGCAGCUCAUCCGUGACAACAACGAGCCGCUCGUAGAGCUGCAGCUCAAGGAUGUCGAGUACGACCGGGUCGACAACUCGGAUGGCUCGCACAUCAACCUGAUCCAGGUGGGCAAAAUCCUCGGCCUCAACCUGCUGCCCGACGCCAUCUAUCCAUCAAUGAUUGCGCCCUACGUCGAGAAGGACCGGGGCGGGUCGGACCCGGGCUCGCAGCCGAUGAUUCGGGUGUACUGGAACAUGCUGGAAGCCAUUGCUGGCAUCCCGGUGAUGGGUCAUUUCGAGGUCAACCUCUUCCCGAUGAAGAUCCAACUCGAGCGCGAGAUAGGGAAGAAGCUCUUUGAGUACAUAUUCCCGGGCACGGACGGCGGCAAGAAUUCCACUGGCAAAAACGACUCUCCGUUCAUUAUCAAGCAGUUUGUUGAUGACGAGGACGACGAGGGUGAUGAUAGUCCGUCGGCGGAACCGGCUGCUCCUGGGAUGGCCGACAGGGACCAAGACGGCGCUUCGUUCGCAACGCGGAGUGGUUCCCUCGAGCUGCGCCUGCGGCCAACGCUCACCUCGGAUCCCGACGAGUCGUCGUUGCAGCACAAAGCGCUCAGCGUCCACUCGGGCGAAGGCACCUCGUUCCGCCUCUUCAGAUCGGGAACCGGGUUCAAGACGAUUAGCAAGAAGCGAUCGCACGACUCUCUGCGCAUCGGCAUCCCCAAGCCGGGUGUUGGCAGGACGGGCACUGGGUUGUCCGCCGCCGUCAAGGACAGCGCCUCAAUCAACAGCGAGACCAAAAAGGGAACCCGCUUCAUGCUGCGGCACAAGUCGAGCGACGGCGACAAAGCCAAGCAGCAGUCCGAUGAUCUCUCCAAGAUGAUCGAUCGCGCCUCCAACUACAUGACGUUCGCGUACAUCAAGAUGCCGUCGGUAGUGCUCUGCUUGAGUUACAAGGGCAAAGGCGACCGCAACUUUGAAGACGUGCACGACUUCGUCUUCCGACUCCCGACCAUCGAGUAUCGGAACAAGACGUGGUCGAACCUCGACCUCGCCCUCGCGCUCAAGAGCCGCGUCAUCAAGGCGCUCAUCAGCCACACGGGGGCCAUCAUUGGCAACAAGUUCUCCAAGCACCGCCCCAACACGGCGCAGCAGUCCAAGCUGCGGGAGCUCGCAACGAGCUCGGUUCUGCUGGCCACGCCGACGACCUCGGAGUCGCGCGACAACAGCGGCGAUGACUCGUCGUCGCUGUACGGCAACUCGCCCAUGGACUUUUCCCGGUCCCCGCCCAGGUCUAUCCGGCGGUCGCAGACGUCGAUCCCCGUCCCGUCCUCGACAAGCAGGAGCUCGAGCGUCGCGUCGUCGAUACGCUCGCACCUCAACAACAACGACGACGACGACAACAACAACGACAACAACGAAGUACAAGCACAGGUGACGGUGCAAACCCAGGCCUCAGGCGCCGUGCCGAGCUUUCUGAUGGCUCCGCCUAUGCCGUCGACGACGGCUCCAGCUGACGGCCAGGGUGCCAAGCAUUCGGGAGGAGGGUUGGGCAGCUUGCUCAGGCCAACCUCGAGCGGGUGGUCGAGGCCGUUUGGCGGGGGUGGCGGGAACAGCAGGCCUGGGACGAGUAGCGGGCUCACGACCGGAUCCGGGUCGACGACGUCGCCCUGCAGGUCGAAUACAACCUCAUAUCCCGAGGAGAGGGAGAGCCCCGAAAGAAGGAGAACGGGGGGCAUCGGCAUUGGCGGCGGCGGCGGCGGCGGCGGAUUACGAGACAGGAUUCAUGCGUUUGCGAGUCGGUUGAAGGAGAGGGAGAACACGGUUGUGCAGGCCGCCGGAGAUGGAGAUAGGGCAGUUGAUAGUGGAGAGGAGGAGAAUGUGCUGGUGAGGAAGACCAGCCGGGUAAGGUGA